AUGGACUUCAAAUACAAUUUUCGUCCGUUUAUCUAUAUUACUGUUAUCUUUUUGCGUUUUUCUUUGAUCCCCGGGAAACGACCAGAAGAAAUAUCCGUCGUGCUAAACGAUGCUUACUUUACAGAUAAACAGGAUUAUAUAAAAGUUCUGAACGUCCCUCCAAAAUUAACCAAAUCAAUGGUUUUGGUCACCGAAUAUAAGUGUCAUGAAGAAAGUAUGGUGGGACUACAAAUUAUUGUGGACACAUCGGCACACAUACAGAAAACUAUAUUUCGUGAUAACUGGAACUGCAUACCCGAGAAAAAAUUGAAAACGCACAACACCGUCGUCAUCUUACCGGACUAUUUUGUUUAUCGCCCUGACAUAUUUAAUCCUCAUUCGAAGCUUAUAGCGAACGUUAAACUCCGAGGCUGGCUGCAUGAUAUGAAGCAUUGGCCUUCAUAUCUUAGUCUUGAUAUGGAAUAUGAAGAGUCACAGGUUCGAGUCUCUUACAAUAUAGCCACAGACCCACCUUAUUCUCGACUCCCUAAACCAGCGAACGGUUGUGCAGUUUGGUAUUAUGAUGUGUUGUCAAACAGAUCAGUGAAACGUAUACCCAAGUGUCCCGCAGAGGCAGUUCGGGCCUAUCAUAAAAUCCCUGUAGCAGAGGAAGAUAUAGCUAAAACUACUGUAACUACACCUUUCGGCCUUUUUGUAUUCGUUCGUUUUCCAUUCGGAUUACGAAAUGCGGCCCAUGUAUUCGUAUCUAUCUAUCUAUCUAUCUAUCAUCUAUCUAUCUAUCUAUCUAUCUAUCUAUUAAAUACGAUCUAUCUAUCUAUCUAUCUAUCUAUCUAUCUAUCUCUAUCUAUCUAUCUCAGUGUUCGUAUCUAUCUAUCAUCUAUCUAUCUAUUCAUCUAUCUAUCUAUUAAAUACGAUCUAUCUAUCUAUCUAUCUAUCUAUCUAUCUAUCUAUCUAUUAAAUAAAUCUAUCUAUCUAUUAAAUAAAUCUAUCUAUCUAUCUAUCUAUCUAUCUAUCUAUCUAUCUAUCUAUCUAUCUAUUAAAUAA